GUUGCCUAGCUCUUUCAGUCUUCGUAUGUGACGUCGAUAAACAUUCUUCAUUUUUUUAAGUGUUUGUGUAAAUAAAAUAACACUGAAAAAUUCAAUUUGGAAUCGCUUAGUGUUGGGCGUCUGAAGCAGUGAAGGAGAUGAGUAUAAUUUAGAUCCAGUCAUCAGCUUGAAAGUAAUUUAAGGACAUGGCAGAUUUGAGACAUAAAGAGAAACAACUGGGUUCUCCUAGUACUGGAAGCGAUGAUGGGAAUGAACCGAAUGAACCCGUUGGAGCGCUUGCAAAGGAGCCUGAAGACCCUGAUUUGGGCGAUUCAGCCCAUUAUGCCCCUGCUGAAUCCCUCUGGUACCACGGAAGACUUGACCGGUAUCAAGCAGAGGAGAGAUUAUGGAAUUGCAACAAAUUAGGGUCGUACUUGGUCAGGGAAAGCGACCGAAAACCUGGAUCAUACGUUUUGUCCUACUUGGGUCGUACUGGGAUGAAUCAUUUUCGGAUAACAGCUGUGUGUGGUGAUUUUUAUAUAGGAGGUAGGCAAUUCGUUUCUCUAAAUGACCUAGUAGGAUACUACACGGAGUGCAGCGAUUUACUAAAAAGGGAGAGACUUGUACACCCUGUUGCGCCGCCUGAACCAGUCAAUGAUAAAAAGAGGGUAGUAGCCAUACUACCCUAUACAAAAAUGCCGGACACAGAUGAGCUGACAUUUAAAAAAGGUGAUAUUUUCUUCGUUCACAACGACAUGGAUAACGGCUGGUUGUGGGUGACCGCCCAUCGAACUGGCGAGCAAGGAAUGAUAUUUCAAGAACUUGUUGAGGAUUUAGACGACAGUAUCGACCCAAACACGGUAUUUCCGUGGUUUCAUCCGAAUUGCACCAAAAACGAAGCGGUGGACUUACUGGUUAAAGCCGGGCCUGGAAGCUUCUUGGUGAGACCCAGCGAUAAUUCCCCGGGAGAUUAUUCCUUAUUUUUCCAUAUUAAUAACCAAAUCCAGCGGUUUCGAAUCGAGAAAAAGGGCGUCAGGUAUCUCAUGGGGGGCAGAAUAUUCGAAUGCCUGGAUGCAGUCAUUAACAGAUACAGGAAGGAGCAAAUAGUAGAAGGAUAUACCCUACAACACCCCCUGGUAGUUGAUGGCAGUAAGCAAUUGGAUUGGGUACCGGAGAAUCAAAAGGCUAAAUCUGAGGCUGAGAAAAUUUACGCCACUCUCAGGGAAUGCAGAGAUCAGGCCGGAUUAAAGAAAAUGAGAGGCAUUAAACAUCAAGGGUAUCUUCAUAGAAAAUCCGACAAGGGGGCCAAAAAGUGGAAGCUUCUCUACUUCGUCUUGCUAGUAGAAGGCACCGAUACCCACUUAUGCUUCUACGAAAACCCCAAACGAACUAAGCCGAAGGGUCUGAUUGAUUUGUCUUGUGCCUAUUUGUAUCAAGUUCACGACAGCCUAUGGGAAAGACCAAAUUGUCUUCAAGUUGUUGAAAGAGCACUGCCUUGUUUGGCCACAAUCACCCACUUAGCUGCCCGAUCUCCAGAGGAGUGUCAGGAGUGGGCAAAUGCUUUAAAACCUUUAUGUGUUCCACAGUUGAGCAGAGCCACCGCUAAGGUGCCAAGGCUAAGGGAACUUCGCUGUCUGACUCUUCAUAUUUUGGACGCGCAUAGACUGCCGUACAAGCUAGUUCCCAUGCCUUAUGUAACUAUUCAGUUCAAUGGACAAGUGAGAAUGGCCAGAACAAGAGCUAAAAGCACUCCAGAUCCAGUAUGGGAUGAAGAGUUUAUAUUUGACGAUGUGCCAUGCGAUGUAGUAUCAUUUUCGCUCACUGUACAUAACAAAGGAAAACGAGGAAAGGAUUCUGAAGUAGCCGAGUUACAUGUUGAGCUUUCGGCUUUAGGAAAUGGCGAUGAACGCGAAGAAUGGUACGCGUUAUCUGGUCUAACGCCAAUGGGAGAAUGGGGAUCAUUAAGACUGAGAACUAGGUAUUUGCACGACUUAGUAAUGCCUGCAGAAGAAUACAGCCCUUUGCAACAGUUACUUCUAGAAUUGGGUCUAGCGCCAGUGAAAACACUAGCAGAACUGUGCCAUGCAGACAGAGCACCUUUGGCUACCGCAUUAUUGAGAGUUUUUAGGGCCGAGGGACGCGAAACCGAGUUAUUGAAGGAACUGAAUUCAGCAGAGAUAUUAAGAGAGACUGAGACUAGUACUCUAUUCAGGGCAGCUUCAUUGGCAACCACUCUGAUGGAUUUGUACAUGAAGUCCGAAUGUGGAGGCUUUUUGCAAGCUGCAGUAUUAGAAAUCGUCCUGAGGCUUUUAGAGAGCAAACAAUCUGCCGAAUUAAACCCAGCAAAAAUGGAUUCCCUCGAUGAUGCCUGCAAUAACGCGGAGUUUUUGCUUCAGGUACUAGACCAGGUAACUUUAAGCAUUUUCACUUCUCCUGACGCUUGUCCGCGCCCUGUUCGGUAUAUAUGCGGCUGUCUCCAAAGGGCGGCAGUUGCAAAAUGGCCCGACGAAAGGCAUGUUCGCACUAGGGUUGUUUCCGGAUUCAUUUUUUUAAGAUUGUUGUGCCCAGCGUUACUUAACCCGCGGCAGUUCGGCUUAGUGAGUGAACAACCCAGUCCCGCAGCUACUAGAAGUUUAGUAAUGGUAGCAAAAUGCUUACAAAAUUUAGCGAACUUGAUUGAAUUCGGGGGAAAAGAGCCUUAUAUGGAAGUGGUAAACCCUUUUAUAUUAAAAAAUAAGGAACGUAUGGUUGUGUUCUUGGAUCAGUUAUCGGCUGUUGGUGAUCCAGGCGAAUCCAGGAUAAUGUCUCAGCCGGAUACCGCCAAAGAGUUGGCUACGUUACACCACAUAUGCGUAGCACAUUUAACCGAGUUGCAGGCUGUAGCUAAGGUAAAUCAGUCCAUAAAAACUCUGGUGACUGUAACGGAAAUGUUAGCCAAACACAAGCAGAAAUAUCUUGAGAUGAUAAGGUAGUCAUUAAUUGGCCAAAGAAAACUGGAAUUAGCUCGGAAACAAUUUGAGUAAAAGCCCGAACAUUUGCAGUGUGAUUAUGAUCAAACAGUAAGUAUAAACGCUCCAUCCUGUGACUGUAUGUACUGACGUAGUAUUGUAACAAAAACUGUAUUGAUCUACUAGUUUUACUUUAAGGCAGACUUGUUGGUGUUAAGUUAGGCGAAAAUCUCAGGAAGUAGAAUAGAUUUUUUUACAUAACUACUAAAUUAAGGACCUUUCUACAUUGAAUUUUUGGAGAGCUUUGGCGGUAAAUACAUGCUGAUAGGUUACUAUUAAAAUUUUCAUGUAAAACUAUUUCAAAACACACAAACUUGUAAGCAAAUUGCAAAAUCAAGGCCAAAAUAGAGCAACUUUGCCAAUUAAUUUUGGUAUUGUAGAUAGAUAUAUCCACCAACUAGGCAUCCUAUUACUGUUAUCUGUCUUAUUGUAACCUAGUUCCUAGCAGUAAUGAAUGGAAACUUUUUGUAUAGGUAUUUAAUAGCGUAGCACACAAGUUGGUUUUCCACAAUGAACAAAAAGACUGUAUUUUCCCAUUCUAAGUCAGUAACUUAACAUUAGGAUUAUGCAACUAAUCGUUCAUGCGGUCAUUAAUUGAUAAGAACGGUAACUUUAACAGACGGAAUAAGUGCAGAUUUUUGGGUACUUUAUGUUCCACUGAUGCAGUAACAUCGUAUAAAAAUGCAAUUUGUUCCCACGAUAUUCACUUAAAUCCGUAGGAUUUCACUAUUCCAAUGUACUAACGCAUGUAUUCAUUAUUCCCUUAUAUUAUUGACCUAUUUACGCAUUUUAGAAGCAAUGAUAAAAAUCCUCGUCUAUUACAAAAAUACUCAUUAUUUAAUGACAACAAAUAUUGCCUGAUAAAGACACAAGUAAAAUAAUUGAAAACAAUUCUGCAAACAUUUAUUAAAAAAUUUGGAAUUAUAUGGCAAUACUAUAUAGACCAGUAUUUGAUAUCCUGCUUUAGCAUUUAUUAUGAUAAGAAAGUAUGUAUUUUGAAGUGUUUGUUUAACUGCCUCCUGAAAAUAUGAGACGUUUGAUAGAAAUUCAUGUUCUCGACUAAAAUAAGCUAAUUAAGAGUAUACCGAAUCUCCUUUAAAAGGUUAACAUUUUUAUAAUAGUGUUACGUGUCAUAUUAUUAUUAUUAAUUGGCAAGUACUCAUACGUAUAGCCUAGCAUUUAAAUUGCAUUACGCGCAAUUUUAUACAUAUAUAUCAUUGUUUUUUUGUUAGUAACGUUCGUUUUAUACCCAUAAACUUGUAUUACAGAGAUAUGAAUACAUUUUGUAAGUUAGC